GGCGGCCAUGUCGCCUUUGUCUGCGGCGCGGGCGGCCCUGCGGGUGUACGCGGCGGGGGCCGCGGUGCUGGUGGCGCAGCUGCUGCGCCGCUGCCUCGGGGGCUUCGCGGAGCCAGCAGGUGCCCGCGCCUGAGCGGUCGCCCGGCCCGGCCGUGCCGACGACGCCAUGGAGAGCAAGGCGGGGGAGCCGUCGCAGGCCGACCUGAAGCUGGUGGCGCACCCCCGCGCCAAGAGCAAGGUGUGGAAGUAUUUCGGCUUCGACACCAACGCCGAGGGGUGCAUCCUGCAGUGGAAGAAGAUCUACUGUCGCAUCUGCAUGUCGCAGAUCGCCUACUCGGGCAACACGUCCAACCUCUCCUACCACCUGGAGAAGAACCACCCCGAGGAGUUCUGCGAGUUCAUCAAGAGCAACACGGAGCAGAUGCGCGAGGCCUUCGCCACCGCCUUCUCCAAGCUCAAGCCCGACGCCGCCUCCUCCUCCUCCUCCUCCUCCUCCUCCUCCGCGGCCUCGUCCUCGUCCCCCUCGACGUCGCAGCCCCCGCCGCCGCCCCCGCCUUCGUCGUCGUCGCAGCUGCCCGGGGCGCAGGACGCGCUGGCCGGGAAGCCGGGGCUGGAGGGCCGCCGGCAGCAGGAGCUGACGGGCGCGGUGCUGGCGCUGCUCUGCGAGGGGCUCUUCCCCGCGUCCACCGUGGACGAGCCCGCGUUCCGCGCGCUGCUGCGGGCGGCCGAGCCCCGCUACGAGCUGCCCAGGGCCCGGUUCUUCUGCAGCCGGGCGCUGCCCGCGCGCUACGGGGCGGUGCGCGAGGCCGUGCGCAAGGAGCUGGCCGAGGCCGCCUGGUGCGGCGUGUCCACCGAGCUGUGGCGCAGCGACAACCAGAACCGCGCCUACGUGACGCUGGCCGCGCACUUCCUGGGCCUGGCGUCGCCCAACUGCCUGUCGGUGGCCUCGCGGUGCCUGAAGACCUUCGAGGUGCCCGAGGAGAACGCGGCCGAGACCAUCACGCGCGUCCUCUACGAGACCUUCAUCGAGUGGGGCGUCAGCGCCAAGGUCUCCGGCGCCACCACGGACUGCGCCAAGGACGUGGCGCAGGCGUGCUCGCUGCUGGACAUCCCCGUGCACAUGCCGUGCCUGGGCCGCGCCUUCGACGCCGCCAUCCAGCAGGCCUUCCGGCUGCCCAAGCUGGCCGCGCUGCUGGCGCGCUGUCGCCGCCUGGUGGCCUACUUCCAGCAGUCGUCGGUGGCCAGGUACAUGCUGGCCGAGAAGCAGAGGCUGCAGGGCGCCGCGCGCUGCAUGCUGGUCAGCAACCGGGUGGCCGGCUGGGGCAGCACGCUGGCCAUGCUGCAGCGGCUGCGGGAGCAGCAGUUCGCCAUCGCGGGCGUCCUGGUGGAGGACAGCAACAACCACCACCUCAUGCUCGAGGCCGCCGAGUGGGCCACCAUCGACGGCCUCGUGGAGCUGCUGCAGCCCUUCCAGCAGGUGGCCGAGGCGCUGGCCGCCGCGCGGCACCCGACCAUCAGCAUGGUCAAGCCGCUGCUGCACAUGCUGCUCAACACGACGCUGCCCGCCAAGGACGGCGACCCCAAGGACCUGAGCAUGGCCAAGGAGGUGAUGGCCAAGGAGCUGAGCCGGACCUACCAGGAGGCGCCCGAGACCGACCUGUUCCUCAACGUGGCCACCUUCCUGGACCCGCGCUACAAGAGGCUGCCCUUCCUGUCGGCCUUCGAGAGGCAGCAGGUGGAGAACCGGGUGGUGGAGGAGGCCAAGGGCCUGCUGGACAAGGCCAAGGACCGCGGCUGCCCCACGCCUCCGCCACCGCUGCCCGCCGAGGACAAGCCGUCGGCGGGCUCCGAGGAGCCCCCGGCCAAGAGGCCGGCCAGCGCCAUCCACAGCCUGCUGGCCGAGAUCUUCCGCCCGGCGGCCGGCCCCGAGGACCAGGAGGAGGUGCACGCGCAGCUGCUGGAGGAGCUGAGCAACUUCAAGUCGCAGAAGGUCCUCGGCCUCCACGAGGACCCGCUCAAGUGGUGGUCCGACCGCCUGGCGCUCUUCCCCGUGCUGCCCCAGGUCCUGCAGAAGUACUGGUGCGUGGCCGCCACGCGCCUGCCCCCCGAGCGCCUCUUCGGCUCCGCCGCCAACGUGGUCAGCGCCAAGCGGAACCGGCUGGCCCCCGCGCACGUGGACCAGCAGGUGUUCCUCUACGAGAACGGCCGGGCCGCCGCCGUCGAGGCCGAGCCCGAGGACGAGGACGAGGGCGAGUGGGGGCUCGACCCCGAGCAGCUGUUCCCGCUGGGGGACCCGGCCAGCGGCGGCUUCUUCGGGCUCAGGGACGGGGGCUUCCUCUAGGGGCCGCCUCAGUGGACACUGGACAGUCAAGAGCCGAGAAGGAAGGACGCACACGGCGAGGGGGGGGGUGCCCUGUCCUCGGUCACCUUCCACACACCAACGGCCACAGCUGCCUCAAAAGCCGGGCAACGGCUGAUGCUUGAUUUCCCCCCAAGAACUG